AUGGCAUCAACAUCAAACGAUACUAAUUCUGAGGUCUUCGAUUUAAGUUCUGAGAAGAAGUUGAACGAUUUAAUGAACGAAUAUUUGGCAAUGAAGAAAAAUGAACGAAAGAAUAUCAUCGCUAGCUUGCAUCCAGUCAUCCAGAAGAGAAUUCACGCAUUGAAGGUUUUACAAAAGGAAACAAUUAAUUUGGAUGCUGAAUUUCAUCAAAGUGUCUAUGAAUUGGAAAGAAAACUUCAAGACAAGCAUGAUGAAUUUUUCAAGAAACGAUCUGACAUUGUGAACGGACUGCAUGAGCCAUGCGAUAAUGAAUGUCAAUUGUCUGCUGAGGAGCUUGAUAAGUUAGUGCCAAUGGAAGGAGAAGAAGUUGAAAAUGGAAUCCCAAAAUUUUGGUUAACGGUGCUUAAGAAUGUCUCUGAAAUUCGAUCAAUGAUUAAGGAACAUGACGAGCCUAUAUUAGAGCAUUUAAUUGACGUUCGUGCAUACUCAAAUACAUCACCAAAUCUCUCGUUCCAACUUGAAUUUCAAUUCGCACCAAAUGAAUUCAUUCAAAAUUCAGUCUUGACAAAGACUUACUUGAUGAAAUGCGUACCAGACGAUGAUGAUCCAUUUUCAUUCGAAGGUCCCGAGAUUUAUAAAUCAAUUGGAUGUGAAAUUAUGUGGAAUGCUGGAAAAAAUAUCACUGAAAAAGCUUUGAACAAAAAAGGAUCAUGUGCUGCUCGUCUGUUCAAGACUGAUUCAUUUUUCAAUUUCUUUAAUCCACCCGAGCUUCGAAUGGAUGAUUCAGACGACAAUGAUAAAAUUGAGGAAUACUUGGAAAAUGACUUUGAAAUUGGGCAUUAUUUGAAGGAACGAGUAAUUCCACGUGCUGUAUUGUACUAUACAGGCAUGAUUGAUGAUGAUAUAUCCGAUGAUGAUGAUGACGAGGAUGAUGACGACGAUUCGAUUACAUAUCAUGCAGAAAAUUAUGAAAAUGAAGUCACUGAUGUUGAUAAUUAA